AUGGCCACCAACUCAGUGGAGCGAGGUGAGAGCAAAGCUUCCCUCCGACAGUCUGGCAGAGGGCCAACUGGGGACAGCCACUUGGGAGUCCUGCCCUGCCCCACAGAGGUGCUUAUCCCACUGCAAUUUGCUCUGUCUCCUGCAGCCUGCCAGCUGUGCCACCGGGCACAUUUGGACCCCGAGAUCUAUGGGCCCAUAUUAGAGCAAGAGGGGAUCUGUGUCCAUGAAUUCUGCCUGUACUUUGCAAGUGACAUUUAUCCCAUCAUUGCGAUGUCGGAUUGGGUGAUCUAUUCCUCUUCUGCUAUUCAAAGAGGAAUCGAGGAGGCAGCAGAGAAGCAAUGCUGUGUCUGCGGCAGCAGUGGAGCUGCCAUCGACUGCUGGGAGCGGAGCUGUGAGCGGAGCUUCCACCUGCCCUGUGCCCUGCGCGGGGAAUGCAUCACUCAAUACUUCGACUACUACAGGGCCUUCUGCUCACUCCACCGCCCUCAGCAGGCAGUGGACAUCAACCCAGAGCCUGAGACUGAGUGCCUGCUCUGCACGGAGCUGGUGGAUGACACCAAGACCUACACAACCAUGGUGUGUCCAGUGUGCCAGCAUUCCUGGUUUCACAGGCACUGCGUCCAGGAACAGGCUCUUCAUGCUGGCAUUUCAGCUUUCAAGUGCAUGCUGUGCAGAGACAAAGAGCUGUUCCAGCAGGAAAUGCUCUGCAUGGGCAUCCGCAUCCCCAAGAGACCACCAUCCUGGGAGACUGUUGAGGCAUUCCAAGACCUCAUGGCAAGGCACAGCCGGUGUGAUGUCAUAGAGUGCCUGUGCCCAGCAGGCAGGGAGUAUGAAGAGGAGGAAGGGCCCUGGCAGAUGCUUCUGUGCAGCUCCUGUGCUGCUGAAGGAACCCACAGGAGCUGCUCCAACUUGACAGACAGCACAAACAGAUGGGAGUGCCCAGACUGUGCAGACCCCAGCACUGCUUCCAGUGCCAGCUCUGAGAUGGCUGACUUCAGCAGUGUCAGCCAGGCAGGAUCGGGGCCAUCCCGGGGCUCCCUAGGACUUGAGAGCAGCAGCCGCUUCGAUGCCCCUGGGCCCGUGUGGGUGCGAGUCGGAUCCCGCUUGCAGCGCCGAGCUGAGUACGACCCCUACAGCUGGCCCAGGAGACGCCGCCAGAGGAGCCGCACCUCAGCCCCCGCGACAGCGAGCAGCAUCCCGAGCGAGGCAGCGCCGGCGGUGCCCCACAGCUUGCUGGCACCCGAGGCCAGCAGCCUCCACGCCGCCAGUCAGAUGCCAGCACCGGCUGCCUCCAGCUCCCCAGCAGCAGACAGCGGCAGCUGCUGCCGCUCUGCCGGGCCCGUGCGGGGCCCAGACCGUUCCUGCAGGCGACGAGGGAGAUCAAACCCUUACAGUCGGCCCGGACAUCGCCGAAGGACCUGA